AUGGCACCAGCAAGUGGCUGUUCCCUUGGGAGCAUUUGCAGGAAAUUCAAGCCACACCUCCUCAUGGUUAUGGCUCAGAUGGGCUAUACUAUUUUGUACUUUAUCACACUAGCUUCCUUCAAUCAUGGAAUGAAUCCCCAUGUCUAUAUUACUUACAGACAGAUUGUUGCUGCUACUGCGAUGUUCCCUUUUGCCUAUUUUCUUGAGAGAAAAGUGAGGCCAAAGCUGACAUUCGCUCUUCUACUGGAAAUUUUUUUCCUUUCUCUCCUUGGGGAGGGUUUGACUCUGAACAUGUACUUUGCAAGCUUGUCGUACACCUCCCCAACAUUCCUUGCAUCGAUGGUCAAUACCAUAGCUUCCCUAACAUUUGUAAUAGCCGUUGUACUCGGUUUGGAAGUUCUUGAUCUACGAAAUCCUCGAGGGAUGGCAAAAGUUCUCGGUACCUUGAUCUCCUUAGCUGGUGCUAUGACCAUGACACUAUACAAGGGGCCUGUAAUGAGAAAUGUAUGGCGUCCUCCAAUUCAUAUUCAAGGGAACACUGCCACCCGCGAGAACUGGUUAAAGGGUUCUCUUCUGACUCUUGCGAGCUGCUUAACAUGGUCUAUAUGGUACAUUAUGCAGGCAUUUACAUUAAAAAGAUAUCCUGCCCAAUUGUCACUGACUGCAUGGAUGAGCUUUUUCGGAGGAGCACAAUCAGCCGUCUUCACAGUCAUCAUAGAACAUAAACGAGCUGCUUGGACCGUAGGAUUCAACAUUGAUUUAUGGUCGAUCAUAUAUGGUGGAGUGGUGGUCUCUGGCUUGAUUAUUUUCGUUCAACUAUGGUGCAUGGAAGAAAGAGGACCAGUUUUUGUGACCAUGUUUAAUCCCCUAUCAACAAUAUUAGUAGCAAUUGUAGGAUACCUUGUCCUCGGGGAAAGACUCUACAUGGGAUGCAUUCUAGGGGCAUUUAUCGCCAUCAUUGGCCUAUAUAUGCUGCUGUGGGGAAAAGAUGGUGACCAAGAAGUUCACAGGGAUUCCCAAGAGCAAACUUAUUCGACUUCCAACGAGCAAAAGGAAAACAAAACACUGAUAAUUACUUCAGCUCGUAAGGAAGCAUCACAAUGCGAACCUUAA